UGUUUUGUCAAAGGAGAGGGGAUCGGGCGGCUGAGCGCUCCUUCUAAAACCAAUCGAGUCGCGCCCCUUGGCGCGUGCAUGGAGACACGAUUCCGCGCUGUCGAAGACACGGCACAGCAGCACGUCUGUAUCUCCCUACCUCUUGAUCCCGAGGCCGAAACUCUAGUACCGCCUCCUCCCUCCUCCCAAAACGGUCCCCACACAAUGGACCACAACUACUACCCUAGAGCCGACAGCGACUCUGACGACUCGACCCACAAAGACAGAAGAAGAAGAACCUUUACCAGGACAGAGCUCUCCAUCUCUUUCGGACUCACUCCCGCCUUUUUCUCCACCCACUGACCUUCCUUCCUCUUCCCCCUCCUCUCCUCCCCCACCGCCUACCCUCUGCCGUCAACCUAGUGUUUCGGACGACCUCCUGUGCAUGAUCUGUACCUCGCUGCUCCACAAUCCUAUGUCACUCCACUGUGGCCACACCUUCUGUCGGCUCUGUCUGGCUGCAAUGUGGAAGAAUGCCAACAUGACAAUGUCUGCAAUCGAGCUCAAGUGUCCUGUCUGUCGCAGCUCCUGGAGGAACUUUCCCGGAGUCAACAUACAGCUCAGGAGUGUCAUAGAGAAGAGCUAUCCUCAGGAGUGUGAGGAGAGAGAGGGGAGUCUGACGCCAGAGGACCGCGGCCUGCUGGCCAGGUUCAGGCAGGCCAAGGAGAAAGAGUCGCAGUGGAAGGACAACGUGGUGCCUCGUCUGAGGAGACAGGAGAUACAACGAUUGGUCACUGGACUCUGCUGCAUCUUUGCCGUCGUCCUCACCUUGCUGAUGGUAGUGUUCAGUCUGGUGUUCUGGACGUGGGCUGGGGCAGAGGGAGAGUUCAUGAGGAAACCAGCCAGUCAGUGGAGUCAGAGAGAUGUGACAGAGUGGCUGGAUGGUCUCGGUACCUGGGCCACCAAAAACUACUCCGAUUUAUUCCAACAAGAGCAUAUCAACGGGCCACGGCUGCUACUUUUGGACGAGGAUUCCCUGAAGGCAAUUGGAAUCAAAGACAGCUACCAUCAGCGGUCCAUUCUGUAUGGGAUCCAGGAACUGAAGUCGGCAGAGUUCAACGCUCCAAGGAACUUUUACGAAUUUAAGGCUGGUCACAGAAGGCAGACGUUGAUGGUAGCAGUGUUUUACUCCGUGUGGCCAAGAUUCACAAUCUUCUACUGUUACAUCUUCCACUACCACGAAAUCUUCUCGCCCUUGUUUCAAACACACCCCCCCAGCCACAGAGACGGUGGCGAGACAGAAGUGGUUGCUGCUGGGGAGUCGAAAGAGCUCAGUUACGUGUAUCUAAUGGUGCUAUUCCUUGUGGUGUUCCUGGCACCGCACGUCUUAGUGGCUCACCUAGCUUGGGAGUGGACCGGUGUGUACCCGUGGGUUGCUUACCCUGUCCUCGUCCACUGUUGCUGGGAAAUUUGGCUGGAGGGGAAGGGGUUAACCGGGAGACUUCGCUCGGGGAACUGGGCUGGUUUGGAGCUAAUGAGCUGGAGUGAAAGACUUGUCCAGCUCUCCAGAGCUGGACUCAAGGUGACCAUAAAAAACGGCAUAUUUUUCGCAAUUUUCUUCAUCGUCUUCUGGCUAUUGUGGCACGUUACACCGCACUUCCUCUGUGACCUCAUCUUUCGCUACUUCCUCUGGCAUGCCGUCAUCUACCUGGUGCUCUGGACCCCUCUCAGGAAACUCCGCAGACUCUGUGGUGCAGGACAUUUCAGGGCACAGAUACACAUGAAUUUCAACAGGCCUGCCGUAGUCAACGCAGGCUAAUCUUUAGUCACGUAUCUUAAUUCACAUAUAUACUCUGUGGUCUUUUGUGCACUAU